CUCGGUUAAAACCCUCGCCUCCCUCCGCCGCACGCCGGAAGCGGCCACCACCAGCAGAGCAGCGGCAGCAGCAGCCCAGCCAGCCGUCGCCCGCGCUCUGCCCCCAUGGACCCCGACUUCCGGUUCGACCCGGACGGCUCCGACGACGACGGCGGGGCCGCCUCGGCGCCCGGGAGGCGGAAGCCGGCGCAGUCGCCGUGGGAGUUCUCGUCCUACGCGGAGUCCGUGGCGGCGGAGCACGCGCGCCGCCGCACCACCUCCAUCGACGAGAAGAUCACCCAGGCCCUGCGUGGGGGCGGCGGCGGACGGCCCGCCAUCGCCGACGGCGACUCCGAGGGCGAUGAGGGCUCGGAUGUGGAGGACGAUAGCGAGGACGACGAGGAGGAGGAGGUGGUGGAGGGGGAGAUCGACGACGAGGAGGACGAGGUGGAGGAGAGCGAGGAUGGUGACGACGGGGUAGAGGAGAGCGACGACGAGGAGGCGGUGGAUGAGGAGGAUGGCGAAGGGGAGGAGAAGAGUGACGAAGAAGAGGAGGGUGAGCAAGAGCAAGAUGGGGAAGAGGAGGGGGGAGACGAGGAAGCUGAACAAGAGGAAGAAGACACGGACAAGCAAGGUGGUGCAGUUAACCCUUCCAAUUUUUUUGCAUCGUCCGAAGGAGCGUCAUUCCAUGCGAAUUCGUUUCUUGAGCUGAACUUGUCACGGCCACUUCUUCGAGCCUGUGAAGCACUUGGCUACCAAAAACCAACACCAAUCCAGGCUGCAUGCAUACCAUUAGCAUUAACUGGACGGGAUAUAUGUGGUAGUGCGAUAACAGGAUCUGGAAAGACAGCUGCUUUCUCAUUACCUGUGCUGGAACGUCUACUUUUCCGGCCCAAACGUGUACCUGCAAUUAGGGUGCUUAUCCUCACUCCAACAAGAGAGCUGGCUGCUCAGGUCCAUAGUAUGAUUGAGAAAUUAGCACAAUUUACUGACAUCAGAUGCUGUCUCAUUGUUGGUGGACUUUCAACUAAGGUACAAGAGGUAGCUUUAAGGUCAAUGCCUGACAUUGUUGUAGCUACUCCUGGGCGUAUAAUAGAUCAUCUACGCAAUUCCCUUUCCGUUGGGCUUGAAGACCUUGCAAUCUUGAUCCUUGAUGAGGCUGAUCGUUUGCUAGAACUCGGUUUCAGUGCUGAAAUUCAGGAACUGAUUCGCAUGUGCCCUAGAAGAAGACAGACAAUGCUAUUUUCUGCUACGAUGACAGAAGAGAUUAAUGAGCUUGUGACACUUUCGCUGAACAAACCAGUCCGUCUAGAAGCUGAUCCUUCUCUGAAACGGCCUGCGACAUUGACAGAAGAGGUGGUUAGAAUACGAAGAGCACGUGAAGCAAAUCAAGAAGCUGUUCUGCUUGCUCUCUGUUUGAAGACUUUCAAGGAUAAAGUAAUCAUUUUCAGUGGGACAAAGCAUUCUGCUCACAGAUUGAAAAUAAUAUUUGGUCUUUCUGGGAUGAAAGCUGCUGAACUUCAUGGCAACCUUACACAGGCUCAGCGGCUUGAGGCUUUAGAGCUUUUUAAAAAACAAGAAGUGGACUUCCUGAUUGCAACCGAUGUUGCUGCUCGUGGGAUUGAUAUUGUUGGUGUUCGGACUGUAAUAAAUUUUUCCUGCCCACGUGAUGUCAGAACUUAUCUACAUCGUGUGGGACGCACUGCUCGUGCAGGCAGAGAAGGAUAUGCUGUGACAUUUGUUACUGAUGAUGAUAGGUCCCUCCUAAAAGCUAUUGCAAAGAAAGCUGGUUCACAGCUGAAAAGCCGCAUUGUUGCAGAAAAGCCUGUGGCUGAGUGUGGAAAAUUGAUUGAGCAACUUGAAGAUCAAAUUUCUACUAUAAUUCAAGAAGAAAGGGAGGAAAGAAUAUUAAGGAAAGCCGAAAUGGAAGCUACAAAGGCAGAAAAUAUGAUAGCUCAUAAGGAUGAGAUAUACUCACGCCCAAAGAGAACCUGGUUUGCUACUGAGAAGGAAAAGAAAUUUUUGGCAAAGGCUGCUAAAGAAUCUACAAGUCAAGGUAAGAGUAACUCUGGAGUUAUUAGCGCUCAGCAAGCUGAAGAUCUUCGUCUGAAGGAGAAAAGGAGAAGGGAGCGUGAGAAAAAUCUACCUAGGAAGAAACGUAGACGGUUAGAGGCAGAACGGGAGAUGCUAGAAGAUGAGAGUGAUGGUGAUGAAGAAGCUAAGGAAAGCAAAGGUGGGAAGAAAACAAAUAAAGGUCAAUCUCUAGUCGAUGUGGCUUAUCGUAGAGCAAAAUCAAUGAAGGCCACCGGUAAAAGGGGUGCUGGCACUGGCAAAGUAAAGAAUGAUAAAAAGGCAAAACAACAUUCCGAAAAGGGCCCAACUAGGCAAGAGGAGAUGCAAGAGUUGUUCCAAAAUGAUAUGAGUGAAUGGAAACAGGGUCGCUCCUUAAAGAAAAACAAUGCUAUACGAAAGAAAUCAAAAAAUUCUUUCAAGAGCAAAUCGAGGUACAAACGCCGAAAGUAGAAGACCUGGUAACUUGUAGCGUGUUCUAUACACUGGGAAUUUAUUGCAUUCCUUUGUAUCAUUUUUGACCGGCUGAUCCUGAUGAAAUGUCAGGAUAUGUUGUGCCCAUCUUGUGUUUACUAGUUACAGUUGACUUCUCAUAUCAUGUAGUGACAUUCGUUAUAACUUUCAAUGUAA